AUGAAGUCCUUCACUCUUAGCACCCUUUUUCUCGGCCUUGCCAUGACUGCUCCUCUUACUGAGGCUUUGGUCGCUCGCGCCGUAACUUCAGCGAAGACGAGCUCUACUUUGAAGAGCAGUAUCAAGGUCUCCUCGACCAGUGUAAAGGCUUCUUCGACUGCCGGGUCCGGGACGCUCUUGGGUGUUAAUGUAGGUGGCUCAUCGUCUCCUCUACUAGGAGUCAGCGUUGGCACUGCCACUGUCUUGGCAGUCGAUGUUUCUGCGGCCAAGGCUACAUCCAUGCCCAAGAUUACAUCUACGCCCAAGGCUUCAUCCACUCCAACUGUCAAAGCUUCAUCCGGCUCGGUCAAAGUCAUAGCAGCUGCUUCGUCUUCAGCUCCAGUCAAGUCAGCUUCUAUGGUCUCAUCAGCAAAGGCUGUUAGCACGAUCACGGUUGCACCUACCACCACCUUAGCGAACCCUACGGCCUUGCCAUCCACCUUCUCUGCUCCGGUUCAGGGUCAGGGCACACUCACGCUCGACAACUUGCCUGCUCUGCCAGGUGUCAUCGAUAAGACCUUCUCGGGUGUCCUCGGAAGUGUCUAUGGUCUAAUCGACGGCGGUAACUACACUGGCAGCAGCACUGUUUCGGCAUGGUGCGAUGCUGGUCGCUGCUAUGGCUCAGCGAACCCUACCGUCACUGCGACUUCUCCUUUUAUAAUUACUUGUGAUGCUAACAGCGCAUGCUCUGCUGUCAUUUCUGGCGCAGCCACUGCAAUUUUCACGAACGGACAGCAAGUUGGCUACUGCCAGAACGGUGUAUGUACGGCUUCCAUUAAGGCUUUCGGAGACCCAAUGUACUAG